GAAACCUAGUAAGAGUCGGCGAGGAGGAAGAGGGUGUGUGUGUAUGAGAGAGAGAGAGAGAGAGAGAGAGAGAGAGAGAGGCACGCGCUCUCUCCUAGUGCACUUUGCAGUAAGUUGCGGGUGGCUGUUGCUGGCGUGGCGGUUGCUGGUCGCGCAGGGAACUUUAACACGCUGGAUCCCAAAGUCCGUCUCCCUCACCUGCGCAGUUCGGAGCUGCCAUGGAUUUCUCGGCCGGAUUUACUAUCCUAAUCACACUGCCGAUCUUUCUGCAGACGAACGGCCUUUAUAUCUCCAGUAGCAUAGAUUCCCUGCAGCAUGUUCUGGGGGACUAUGGACUGGUGAAACCCGUUCUUACUGAUGCAGAAGGCCGCUUCCUGUCCCAUGCGGUAUCGGUUGGUCCAGCAGGUGGGCAGUUCCGUAGGCGCUGGAGAAGAGAGGCGGCAUCAGCCGACCACGCCCACCAUGAGUUCAAAGGAGACACGCUCGAGCAGCUCUACUACAACGUCACCGUCUUCGGCCGGGAGUUUCACCUGCGUCUGCGCCGCAACACACGCCUGGUGGCUCCCGGAGCCAAGAUGGAGUGGCAGGAAUCCGGCGGCAUGCACUCCGAGCCUUUGAAGAGUGACUGCAUGUAUGUGGGUGACAUUACGGACAUACAGGGAGCAUCAGUAGCUAUUAGUAACUGCGACGGCCUGGCAGGAAUGAUCAGAACUGAGCAGGAGGAGUUUUUCAUUGAGCCAGUGGAAACGGGACAUCAUGUGAUGGAGCAGGAGGAAGAGGACGGUGGCCGUACUCACAUUGUGUACCGUUCCGCCGCUGUGAAGAAGCCUCCUGUUAGUUCACUAGCUGCAGACUUUCACUCAAAAGGUGCUGAUCUGGGCGGUCUGUUGGAUCUUGAGACUCUGUAUCAGGGCGUGGAACGCAGUAUUAACCAGAGCCGACGAGCCCGCAGACAGUCCCCUGAACGAGCCUACAACAUUGAGGUUUUGCUGGGGGUGGACGACUCCGUGGUGCAGUUUCAUGGACAGCAACAUGUGGAGAAGUACCUCCUCACUCUUAUGAACAUCGUUAACGAGAUCUAUCAUGACCAUUCUCUUGGGGCACGAAUAAACGUGGUGCUAGUUCGGAUUGUUUUGGUGGAUGCCAAAAAGUCCACGAGUCUCAUUGAGCUGGGCAACCCUUCUCAGAGUCUGGAGAAUGUGUGUCGAUGGGCUUUCGAACAGCAGAGGAAGGACACUAAUGAUAAAGAAUACCACGAUCACGCCAUCUUUCUCACUCGUCAAGAGUUUGGACCCACGGGGAUGCAGGGUUACGCUCCUGUCACAGGCAUGUGUCAUCCCGUACGGAGCUGCACUCUCAAUCAUGAGGAUGGUUUCUCGUCUGCUUUUGUGGUGGCGCAUGAAACCGGCCAUGUGUUGGGAAUGGAGCAUGAUGGGCAGGGGAACCGUUGUGGAGAUGAGGUGCAGAUGGGGAGCAUCAUGGCCCCACUGGUGCAGGCUGCUUUCCACCGGUUCCACUGGUCCCGCUGCAGUCAACAGGAACUAGGCCGCUACCUGCAUUCAUAUGAUUGUCUCCGUGAUGACCCGUUCGAGCACACGUGGGAGGAGCUUCCACAGCUGCCUGGGCUGGAUUACUCUAUGAACCAACAGUGUCGCUUUGAUUUUGGGGCCGGAUAUAUGAUGUGCACAGCGCUGCAAAAGGUGGGGCCAUCAGGAGCCCAGUAUCGCUCAUUUGACCCCUGUAAGCAGCUUUGGUGUGCUCACCCAGACAACCCCUUCUUCUGUAAGACCAAAAAAGGACCACCCAUUGAUGGUACCACAUGCGGAGAUGGGAAGCACUGUUUUAAAGGCCACUGUGUGUGGCUGACUCCAGACAUCAUAAAACAGGAUGGAGGCUGGGGGAUGUGGAGUGAGUUUGGCUCCUGCUCUCGCCCCUGUGGAAGGGGACUACAGUUUCGCACCCGAGCUUGUGACAGUCCACGUCCAGCUAACGGUGGACGUUCUUGCUCGGGCCCAAGCUAUCAGUUCCAGAUGUGUAAUACACAUGAGUGUAAGGACCCGUACCAUGACUACAGAGCCGAGCAAUGUAGCAUGAUGGACAACAAGUUUGAGUACCAGAAUACCUGGCACCACUGGCUGCCUUAUGAACACCCUGACCCUAAGCAACGCUGCAAAUUGUACUGUCAAUCCAAAGAGACGCGAGCUGUAGUCAACAUGCAGACUCUGGUGGAAACUGGAACACGCUGCUCCUACAAAGAUCCCUACAGUGUGUGUGUGUACGGAGACUGUGAGAAAGUGGGCUGUGAUAAUGUAGUUGGAUCAGCUCUUCAGGAAGACAAGUGUGGCGUCUGUGGGGGAGACGGAACCAAGUGCAAGACUCACAAGUUUAACUUCACCUUUGUAGAGAAGAAAGGUGUCAUUAAGGUGCUUGAAGUUCCCAGAGGGGCGAGACAUCUCUUCAUCCAGGAACUUAAUGGGACUACUCACAUUUUAGCUAUCAGGAAUAAAGCGUCGGGUGAUUUCUUUCUCAACGCACAUGGAGACUACCCAGAGACGCGCUCAGUUAUCGAAAAAGGACUGGAAUGGGAGUAUGAGAAUAAAAACAAUAAGGACACCAUUCAAACCAAUGGCCCCCUGAAAAACGAUGUGGUUGUCAUGAUCCGAAUGCAUGGAUCGGCCAAAGUGAAAGUGUCGAUCAAAUACAUCACUGAUAAUGACAGACCAAGUGACAGUGCCAAUGAGAAUAACAUGGUUCCUGAUAAUGCUGUGCCAUACUCCUGGGUGGUGAAGAGAUGGGCACCUUGCUCCAAGACCUGUGGAGGAGGCAUUCAGAUGACACGUUAUGGCUGCCGUAAGAACACAGAGAUGAGGAUGGUCCAUCGCAGGUUCUGUGAGAAAAUCAAGCAGCCUCCGCCCCUGUUUAGAGACUGUUACCUGAGAGAGUGUGCUCAGCCUAUCUGGGUGGCUGGAGAGUGGGGUGAAUGCAGUAAGUCUUGUGGGAAGACAGGCACUCAGACACGCUCCGUACGCUGCGUCCAACCUCUGGUCGACGACAAGUACAAAUCCAUCCGCAGUCGUUACUGCAGCGACGAGCGCCCAGAAUCUCGCAGAGACUGCAAUCGCAACCUGUGCCCUGCUGAGUGGAGGCUUGGCCCCUGGUCACAGUGCUCAGUGACGUGUGGUAAUGGCACGCAGGAGAGGCAGGUGCUUUGCCACACCCGUGACAACACCAUUGGACUCUGCUUGGACUCCAAACCAGCUGCAUUAAGACCCUGCAGAAUGGAUCCCUGCCCAAGGAGCACUUCCGACUUCAACAAGCACGGCAACUUCCUGAUACAGUGGUUGUCGCGUCACGACCCCAAAUCCCCCGUGCAGAGGAUGUCAAGACUGCGUUGUCAUGGUGACCGUUCUGCGUUCUGUCGCAUGGAGGCGCUGCAGCAGUAUUGUUCCCUUCCGGGCUUCCAGCGCAUGUGCUGCAAAUCCUGCAAGGUUGAUAAUUCCACAAAAAUCACUGUGAUCACAAGUAGGCCACCAUCCAAAUCAAAAAUAACCACUAAAGGACGAUCCACCAUAACUCACAGUCCCACACGCACAGAGUCCACCACACUGUGGCCCUCCACAGCAGCCUUUCUGCAAUCAACAGAAGGGAAAAGUGCCACUUCUGUGAGCACACCUUGGUUAUAUACGGCCUUAGCAACGUCAACUGAUCCUCACGGAUACACAACAAUGCCCAUUUUUCCGUAUACUACAACUCCUAUCUAUAAGCACGCUAGUCCAGAUUUCCUUCCAGAACAGAGCACAUCCUUUGCCAUUACUACAGCAACUAGGAACACAUCUGCACCUGGUAAUGACAUGGCAAACAGCACAGAAUUACCUGUUAGAACUGUAAUCCCCUUCAUUUUCACUGAUGUGAAUGAUGCCACUCUCAUUCCCAACACCACCGUCCAGUUUGAAAAGUUUGAUAGGAGUAGUGAUGCACCAAAUGUAGACAACGGUGUGGUAUUGCAGUCAACGACAGAGUAUGGUGUGAAUGAAAACGAAUUAUCAACAUCGGACACCAAAUUACCUGUUAGCACUGUUAUCCCCAUAAUUUUCAGUGAUGUGAAAGAUGCCACCCUCAUUUCCAGCACCACCGUCCAGUUUGAAAAGUUUGAUAUGAGUAGUCUUGCACCAGAUGUGGACAACGGUGUGGUAUUGCAGUCAGUGACAGAGUAUGGUGUGAAUGAAAACGAAUUAACAACCUCGGGCACCAAAUUACCUGUUAGCACUGUUAUCCCCAUAAUUUUCAGUGAUGUGAAAGAUACCACCCUCAUUUCCAGCACCACCGUCCAGUUUGAAAAGUUUGAUGGGAGUAGUGGUGCACCAGAUGUGGUACUGCAGUCAACGACAGAGUAUGGUGUAAAUGAAAACGAAUUAACAACCUCAGGCAAGAUGGUCCUCAGCAUCCCAGUGACAUCUAUAGCAGAGGUGCCAACUACCACAGAAGAACCUGCUCCAAUGGCAACGACCUCUAUAUCUACAACUUCCAGUACACCACAGUCAAGUACGACAGCAUCCAGCACAGAGAAGACAAGCAGACGGCCGAAUAAUUUGGAAGAGACAAGCGAGAGCAACGCUAUCGAUAUGCCUUAUCGAAUAAUCCCAUUGGACAUCGAGUUUCCUCCAAAUAACAUCAUCCCCAGGAAAGGGCGCGUGUUUCUGCGUGAGAAAACACGGAAUAAGCGCAUCCAGGAACUGCUUGAGGAGAAGCGAAACUUUUUGAGACGGAUGAAAAGAGCACAGGGGUUUUGAACCCUGUCCAGUUUCUCUUAUAGAGAUACAGCUGCCAAAUGCUACUUCUGAAUCCAGAUUUCAUCUUGGUGCUUGGGUCAAGAACUGGAAAAUGGCCAAAAUAUUUAAUGAACUGAUGCUUUUCCCUCUAUUAAUGACGUGGCAAACUGAUCUUUGUGGAACAAAACCACUAGCAUGUGUUUGCACAGUGUCUUUGAAACUCAACUAUGUCCCUUUAGGAGGUUUCACUGAAGGAUCUUCUAAUUCGAAGUGAUUUAUCAUCUUAAAGGAUUAGUUCAGCCAUAAAAUGAAAUUCUGUCAUCAUUUAUUCAACCUCAUGCCAUUCCAAAACUGUAUGGCUUUCUUCCUGAUGUAGAACAUUUUACAUAGUUUUCAAUACCAUAUAAUUGAAUGGUAAUGUGGAGCUAUCAAGCCCCAAAAUGACAAUAAAGCAUCAUACAAGUAAUAGUCUUCCGAAGCCAUUUGCUUUGUGCAAAAAACAAGUAAUUUUCAACAAACAAUAUCAUAAUAGAUCAUAAAACAUAAAUCCUUAAUAUUCACAUUUCAGGAUAUUCAAAUACGGUUCAUCAAAAAAAAAAAUUUAUGGUACUUUUACGGUUUUGUUUUGAAGCUUGACUGCUUCUGGUCCCCAUCCACUUUUAUUGAAUGGAAAAAAAAAACAGCAUGAAAAAGAAAAGGAAGUCAACAAGAGGGUGAGUGAAUGGUGAGAGAAAUUUCAUGUUUGGGUGAACUAAAAACCAUAGAAAAAGAGUUGAAUGAAUUAUCAUUUGCACAAAUGUGUUUUGCCCAAAUAUGCUAAAUGACAGAUACGGACAAUAGGCACAUACUGUAUUAUUGGUAAAUUACAGGAUAGAAAUGGUGUACUAUUUUAUUCAUUUGGCACCAGCCUGAAAUGUACAUGUUGGCUAUGGUAUGUUUCAGCUGUAGAUUUUAUCAUAAAAAUGUCUGAUCAUUUUACAGAGUGAAAAAUAUGGAACCCAUGGUGACAAUAUGGCAGUUCAGUAUAUUGUGAAUAUACUGGGAAAUAAAAUUGAGAGUCAAUAAGUGAAUCUGCAGGUACUUAAUGUACAGUAAAUGCUCUUUCAGUAUGUAAAAUGAAUAGCACUAAAUUACCCCAGAGAAGUGAAUCAGAGUUAAGUGUGUAUAGCCAGACAUGACAUGCAGUUAAGACAUUUCCAUUACUCAAUAUUCUAACCUAUAUCACCUAUAUGUUUUGACUUGCAUGUAUCUGUCAUGAGAAAAAUUACACAGUUGUUUUCACUGGUGAGUGAUUUGACAAGAACAAUUCAGGGAUGCACCAUACAGAUAUUAAUUUUAUGCUUGUGAAUUAUAUUUCCUUUCACCAGUAUGCAAGCUUAUGCUGAAACUUUAUUAAAUCAGGUCAAGAAUAUAUAUAUUUUUAUUUGUGAGAUAUUGAUGAUUAUGAGUGCUCUACAGCCUUACCCAAAGAUUUCUAAGACUCCAUAUGUAAAAAAGCAGAAGAAAAUGUCAAAAACAGAAAUAAAUUUUCUAUAUUGCAA